CACUUGUUCAUCUCUGAUCUGCGUACCUCAGAUGUCUCUAGUGUAGCCAUUCGCAGUAUGGCCGAUUGUUAUUGUGGGUGGUGUGUAGUCUGCGGUUUAAUGAUAUGAAUUGGUGUUAUCUUCUUCGAGAUUCCGGCACUUAGCACAUAUUAAAUAUAUAAUUCGUUUUUUUACAGACAAUUAAAAUUCUGUAAGUCUAAUGGGUGCUAAAGCGAGUACAGCAAAUGGUGGAGGAACAAGCCCUCGAGCUCGAACUUUUUCAACUAGCAGUAACUCGGAUGUAGUUGCAGGAGGUACAGGAUUUAGUCUUCUCCGCGCAAUUCCUGGUGCAGUGUCUAGUGACAGACAAAGAGCUCGUUCUCUGUCCAGUGUACCAGAUAGUCAUUCAAGUCAUGAAGCAAUAGGAAUACCGAACUCUAAUAUUGGAGCAUAUGACAUAUCCGAAUCCCCAGAAACUGACAGCAGUUCGACGGAAGAUCAUGUCUUGGACAGUCCAUUAGCAGCUAACAUCAGUCUUGGAAGGGUUUAUACUGCUCACUCUUUGCCAUCUCAUAUUUGGUCCUUGAACGGUAUAAAAUGCCCUGUGUGCGCCAAGUUCGUGCUACCAGACGACAUAGAAUGCCACCUAGUGAUGUGCCUCACGAAACCUCGGCUCAGCUACAAUGAGGAUGUGCUGACAGAUGACAAGGGGGAGUGUGUCAUUUGUCUGGAAGACCUCCAACAAGGCGACACAAUUGCAAGGCUUCCGUGUCUCUGUAUUUACCACAAGAGUUGCAUUGACAGGUGGUUUGACGUAAACCGGUCAUGUCCAGAGCACCCUGGGGACUAGCCUUUGUGCGACUUCAAGGAGCGAGUUCCUUACCUACCAUUGCAGCUCCUUUCACUGUUACUGGAUUGGUUGCCGCCACGAUCACCAUCACCAGAAGAUGGAAUCAUCUUUACAGCUGCCAGUGUCAUCCACAUGUUCCACUGCAUUAACUAGUGAUCUUCACUGUGAAGCGUUCAGAUUUUUACCUCUGCGUUUCAGGAUGUGUCAAUGUCAAAAGCACACGCAGGAACGUUGAGGUACAGGAAGAAACUGAAACUUAAGUCACAACUUGUUUCUCAUAGUCAUCAGCGAAAAUGCUUUCCAGCUUCACAGUUAGACUUCUUCUGUUUGAGUUUUUGUAUGGAAAUGUGGAUGGUAAGCUGACAAUUGGAAACAUUUACGCUUCACUAAAGAUAUAUCACAAAUGGUAUUUUAGAGUGAUAUAAUAUUGGUUCAAAGUUUAGUUCUUGAUGGAGACUGAAUUCGCAACCAGUCAAGUUUCAGAAUUGCACUCACUAUGUGCUCCACAUCAUGCAGGCUGUUUGUUAUAUAAAAAUUGUUUAAAAAAUAUAUGUCAUAUAAAUAUAUAUAAAUACAUUUAGUAAUAUAUAUCAGUUACAAAAGCAACCUUUAAAAUAAUGAGUCUUGUACAGACACUGUAGGGGGGAAAUUUAUUUUAUUUGUGUAUAUUACUUUGUCUCUUUAAUUCUGCAUUGCUAUGCAACAACGACUAAAGUCUUAUCAUAUGUUUUACAUUACUGAAACCAAUAACUCGUGGUUCAAUUUUUUUUUGAAGUUGUGUAGAAAAUAAUGGGCACACACUCGUCAUUGCUUUGAAAGGGCCAGGUAGUCUCUUUCACAGCAAAGUGAUAUUUUUGAUACUUUCAUAAGAAAUCUCAUAGGAGAAGAUGCAGUUGGUAGACUGUGAUUACUACCAACAUCAAAAUAACAAUCUUACUCUUUUGACAUGCCAAGCACCCAGAGUUGACAUGUAUAUCAAUAAAGAUAUAGGUUUGUUUAGGCGUAUGUUUUAGGAUUGAUGGCAUGUAGGCCCAAAGAAUUGAGAUUGUGAACAUUUAGUGGGAAUGCGCAGGUCUGUUAAAUUCCAGGCUGUCUUGAGAUGGAGAAACAGAAUUAAUAUUGAGAUUCAAGUUCUUAUGAAUACAAACUGUAUGCCCAAAAUAAAAACAGUAUGUUUAUGUCUAGCUGUGUAUUGGAAUAAAAGAACAUUUAAACUGAAAAAUAUUAUGUUACUAAGUCUUAGGGGUAAUGGUAGCAAGUUCCAUGCUUGAACGACUGAUAGGCCAUUGCUGUCUACAGUAAAUUACCAGAUUGUAUGAAAUAUUUGUACAAUUGCAGUACAUACAUUGUAAUGUUCCACUACACAUGCAGUUCUGUGGUGUUUCUGUAAACUUUUAAUAAGAGGCAUGAACUUGGGUUCCCCAAGAAAGUUAGGUUAGCUUAUUGUGAGAAGCAAGCCCUCAUGAUUUUGCCAUUUAUGAUGUAUUUAUUAAUUGCGUACUGUUUAUGAUGAUCUGGCAUUAAUUUCCCUUUUGAUUAAAAAUUUUCUAAGUUCUAUUCAUGAAGUCAUUCCAUUCAGACUGGAGAUGAAACAAAGAGGAAUGUCUUAGUUGAAGGCUGUAGUUUUGUGAUGAUGGUGCAUUAUAAUAUGUGGAAUUGUUCUUUUAGACUUUGUCCAGUUGUCUGCAUUUUAAAAUUAUAAAACUACAACAUUCUGUAAGAUUCUCCUUCGAUCUUCAGGUCAGGUUACCUGAAUCCUUAGUCUGAAGUUGGCUCAAUCAUGUGGCCCAACAAGUAUUUUUUCUGUCCUCUUUACCCUUUUCUUACCUGAAGAUGGAAGCAAAAUCGGCUUCUGAAAUGUUUUAAUUUCAUAAUUUUAAAAUUUAGUUAUGGACAAGGUCUAAAACAACAAUUUUACAUAUUAAAAUAUAUUCGUUUUUUAAAUUAUUUGUAAAAGUAUGGUUUUUAGAUAAGGUGUCGAUUGUGCCUCAUUACUUUCUCAUAUGUGUAAUGAAGUUCUGUAUGAUCAGUUUAUUCAUGAGAUACAAGGUUUUUGUGGGAGGAUAUAUAGAUUAGAUGAAGUAAAGCCUUAAUUGAUUUGAAUUUUCAUUUACAUGUUGAAGGAAAAUAAUAUUCUGUCAAAUGUUAUCUGGGAUCUGUAGGUGAAACGGUUCCCACAACUAAUUAUGAGAGUCACUAUAUUUGGCAAUGACUGACUUAUGUGAAAAUGAUUUGCUACAGUGCCAUAUGUCUACAUCACUGUUCACAUGUCUGUUUAUAAAAUUGGAAAUGGAAAGUUGUCAGUAUUUGUGGUUUAUGUCACGACUACAAUCUACUUCACUUCUAGAACAGAACUUUACAUCCAUCUGUUCAUAAGUAUAAUUGCCCCCAGCGAACAGCACUUUUACAACAUGCCUCAUCACAUUCUUCCAACAUGUUUACUGCAAGUAAGAUAUGAGUUGACAUGAUGCGGAAUUUGAAGUGUAAAACGUCAUUGUCUUUUUAAAACUGUGACCAUUUAAGUUGUGCCUUUUGUUGAUGGUACUAGGGCAUGCACCUUUAAAUUUAUUAAUCGUGGCAUGAACUUUAACCAUUUUCUGUUUGAGUGGACACAUAGACUUGCCGUGUGUUCAUAGAAACAUCCGGGAUAUCAGUUAAAUUGUUGCACUAAUUCUUUGUGGGUGAUCUAUGUCAUUCAUUGAUUGAGUGAGUGUAUCUUGUACUUUGUAUUCUGAGAACAUUAUCCCAUGCCUAAUGAACAUGAGCAGUAUGUGUGAACACAUAUUUCCUGAUGAGUGGAUCCAUCCUGUGCACAGGCACAAAGUGCAUCCUUCUUUCUUGGGUUGAUGAUCAAUCAACACCUGUACAGAUUUCAUGUUGCUGUAGUGUUUAUAAACUACUGAGCAGAACAUGGGCCUUUAUUUCAGCUUUGAUAUUUAAUUUAUGUUAUGUCUAAAUUACUUUUUCUGUAGUACUAAUUUCUUCAGAGAAGUGAUGUACAGUUAGCAAUUUGUUCAAUGUACAAUUUGAACUUUUGUGUGAAAGUGUUGAUGCCAGAACCUCCUGGUGCUAGCUGAUGGAGGACUUGAAGUUGUAUAGCGUGUGUAAUGUUAUUACUACUCUUAUUAUUUGUGAUGUGAUUGCAAGGAAUAUGAACUAUAUAUAAUUAAGUCAUAUUAUAUAAGUUACUACUUAUAACUUAGUUACUCAUAUAACACUUCCUUGUAUUCUACCCAUUAUCCUUGUAAAUAUUCACUACAUUUAUUUUCAAUACUGUGAGGACUGCUAUCACUUAGUUGCUUCCAAAGAAAGUUGCUAUCAUGUGCCUCUGGAUGCUAAUGUGUUUUGUGCACAAGUUCAUAAAAUUAACUCAUACUGGGGAGUUUGUUUCUGUUCAUCUUUCUGCAUGUUUCACCUUUGAAACUUUGUAGUUGAUACUGGGAGCCUACAGUACAGUUGUCAGUGAAGUUAGGUUUAACUUGUAUCAGUAAAAUAUAAAUGUUACUUUACAUGGAGCUCAGAUCUAACUUAAACAGUUUUCUAAAAAAAAUUCUCUUCAUAUAAAAACUUUUUGCAUAAAAUCUCAUAGAUAUCAUUAAAAUGUACAACUUCUGUCUGAAAAUUUGUUGAUAUGGUGAGUAUUUGAUGAAAUCGUAAUGAAAUAAUUUUUGUCUGUACAUAGUGUUAAUAGCUAUGCAGAAAUUAAGUAAAGAAAAGGUAAACCAAGACAAA